CGUAACACGGUUGCCAAAUGUCAUAUCGGCUGGAGGGGUAGCGGUCGGCCAGGUGGUCAGUGCCUUACGUUUGUGUUCGUGUGUGCCCGCCUCCACGCUCACCGUAGAACAUCAAAAUGCGGUUGAUCCUGUUUCUGUCGUUGCUGGGUGUGGUGUUCACAAGGGAGACGGAUUGGCAGCCACUAGUCCCAGAAGCACCGAUAGCUUACUCCUCGUAUCCAAAACCAGAGAGACCAAUAGGCCCAAGCCUGAAGAUCCUAAACAGAAGACCUUCAAGGCCGUACGUUCCGGAUAAGCUAUCCAACAUAUUCCCAGUGCCCGACGUCGGUUCAGACACUUGCAGUGUCUACAAGGUGUCCAUGAACCAGGAGCUGCCGUACCAGUACGUGGAGUAUGAAGCCAAGUUACCGGAUUUGAAGGAAUUCACGCUAUGCCUUUGGACGAAAUGCCACAACCACACGGACGAUCACCCGCUAUUUUCCUAUGCUGUCGGUGACAGCCCAAGAGAGAUCUCUGCAUGGGUGUCCAACAAUGGAGAAGCAAGUUACUUCAGCAUGGCAAUCCACGGUCAAACUUUCUUCAGAUUGAACUAUCCUUUGAAAUUAAACACAUGGUACCACACUUGCCAGUCAUGGAAUGGCAAAACUGGGGAGUGGCAGGUUUGGGUAAACGCAGAAAGAGUCGGAAGAGGCUUCCACAAUAGACUUGUCGGACACAUAAUCAAGGGGGGUGGAACUGCUAUCAGUGGUCAAGAGCAAUCGCAUAUCUAUAGUAAAGAUGAACUGGAACCAAUAAAUAAACCCGGGGUCAUUGGCGAAGUAACAAUGCUACAACUGUAUCACGUAGCUCUAACAGCUGGGAAAGCGCAUAAAGAUCAUAAGCACCACCACGCUCAUCUUUACAAACACGAUGGAACACCAUUAGAAGUGUCAACUGAAGCUGCUACCGAGCCUCCUCCGCCCCCGAUGAUUCCCCUCGGCAAUGGAAAUGUAUUGGUUGGUGGUCAAUUGCAAAGACCAGCUAAUUUGAAUCUUGCCAGGCCCCAGCAGCAAAUGGUACCGGUCAACUUGCCCAACGGUCUGCAGUUCCAACAGGAAUACAUUAAUGGUCAACUGGGCAACAGGAUUGUGUCAGAGCAGCUACUAAACAGCUUGCAAUCAAUUCAACCAGAACCAGUCGGCAAUCAAAUCUCUCAAUAUCCUCUACAUAGCUUGCCCGUUUCAAACGACCAGAACCAAAAAUUUUUAUCGAGACCUUUAGGUCCAUCGAAAGGCACAACUGUACUCUUAUCAGGGUCACUUUUAAAUCCAGCAAACGUUCAAUAUGUCGAUGAUAAUUCAAACCACAACGUAUAUAAAAGGGAUUCUAAGAAACGUGAUAAACGGGACAACCCAGAAAAGGAACUCGCUCUAGAAUCUAGAACUAGUAAAAAAGACAAACGUGGUCUGGUAGCCUUAUCUGACGGUUCUGUUGUGGAUGAAGCUCUAUUAAGCCCUGAUCUUCUAGAUGACAAAGAGGAUGAUGUCUUAUUCCAACAGUCUUUACUGAAUGGAUUAGCUGGAGUAGUAGGAAACAUACCAGUGCAGAAUUUGCAAAAAAUGACGGUGGAUGACAGAGAGCCAGCUGAGGCCGAAGUAAAAGCAGUGAUGCAGGUAUGCAGUGGAUGCACUCCGGAACCAUUUAAGAAAGCUCUGGUGCUAUCAUGGAGAAGUACCCCCAAGAAACUCUACAAUGGAGCACAUUACUAUAAAGGUCUUCCAAUUUGUAGAGCCUUUUAAAAUAUUUGACAACGAAUUACUUUCUAGACUCAAUGUCGUAGGUGCAAGCCCAAUUUUCUUAUAAAUUCUAUUUUAUAAAAUAACAUGGGUCGGAUAAACGAUAAAAGUAUUACGUAAUGACUAGGAUAUAAGAUAUUACUUAUAAGCUCCUUGUAUAUUACGAUUCAAAUACGUCCACCAUUGACAUUUAAAUGUAAUGUUUAAGUCACUAAUUUAAUUCUUUCAUUCUAGAACGAUAUUUUAGUAUUCUUAAUG